AGUCACAUGUACCACGGGUUGCUAGAGCUAAACUCUCCGUUUGCUGCUGUAUUCUGAACAGUUGGCUAAUGUAGCCCAUGUUAUAACCAAUUCCAUUACCGUUCCAAUACAUGAUAGUUAUUAUGUUUAUAGUUAAAGGCUAUAUGAGCGAGGAGACUAUGGACAAAGUAAUGCCAAACAAGCUGACCCCAACUCUUCUUCAGUUCCAGAUAACAACCUACUCCAAACACAAGCCAUUGCCUCGCUGUGUGCGCACGCGCAGGCUACUUGCAGGCAUUUCAGUAAGCCUAUACGCAGUUUUAAAGUUGUCUAAGGGUAAAAAAAUAUUUAAAAAAUCUUAGAAAACAGAACUAUACAGAACCAUUCUGAAGUCAAUCUUUGUUUCUCAUGCAUUUUUCAAUCAUGAAAUUGGAUAAAGCCGUUUAAUUACCGCCUCAGCUCACGAAGUAGGCGAAUGCUGAUUCCCAUCAUACAUUGCAACGGUACGUUUUGAGCAAAGCCGAAUGCAUGUGAGGAACAAACAUCUCUUUGCAUAUUAGGGAGAAGAUUAAAGUGUCUCAAUGCAGGGAUGGCUCCGCGAGUGGAUGAUGUCAUGCGCCUGUGCUAUGAAAUAUCAGCUCACGAUCAGAUCAAGGUCGCAGUGAAAAACUCCACCAAAGGAGCGGUGGUGGCAGGAGGAACUGCCUUUGUAGGCGGGCUGGUUGCUGGACCUGCAGGGAUAGCUGUUGGUGGAGCAGUCGGCGGUCUCUUGGGCAGCUGGCUGACCAGCGGGCAGUUCAGGCCUCUGCCUCAAAUCCUGAUGGAACUGCCACCUAACCAGCAAAAGAAGCUCUAUAAUGACGUCGUGGCUGUCUUAGGCAGCCUGAAUUGGACGGACGCAGCCCAGCUCAUCGCCCUCGUGAUGGGUAAUGCCACCCUUCAGCAGCAGGUCACUGCUGCGCUGCUCAACUACAUCACAAAGGAACUUAGAGCAGAGGUGCGUUAUCAGGACUGAGUCAUGGUUACACAUGGACUUUUCAGGAUGGUCCCGGCUGCCAAACACAACAUAUUUUUAUACAAAUCACUGGACAGUCAUCAUAGAAACCUACCCGUGGAUGGAUAGUGAAGCAUUUACAAAUAAUGUUUUGUAUGAUAAAGUGAUGGUUAUUUUCUUAUGCCUAGGAGUCAUUUAUUCGGGAUUAGAAUGUCAUAUCUUUAUUCCCACACUCUGCAUCAGGGUGUUUUAAUACACAUGUCAGCCAGAUCAUUAAAACCACUGACGAGUGGUUGAUCAUCUCAUUACAAUGCACAUUGUGCUGGGAAUUUUUGAGUCCUGGCAUUCACGUGUAUGCCACUUGACAUAACCCACCCAACCAAACACUGUUGCAGACAUGACCGUUGUCAUUCAGUAGUUUUAAUGUUAUGGCUGAUCGUUGUAUGCCACUGCUUGUAUAUUACAAUUAAAGUAAACAUUGGAAGCUAUUGUGGUUUUUAA